GGGCUGCUACUGAUCCCACGGUUUUGCACCUCACCAGCUCUCUUUGGUGUUCAGUGCUUCCCAGUGUGCUAUGUGCAUAAAGAGGAGUGAAGCAUGAACCCCAGGGCACCCAUCGAAGUCCCCUACUCCCCUUGGAUGUACUCAGCAAGGUCACUGCAUGAGCCAGUUCCACACCAGAACUGGCGCGAGAAGUGCUUAUAUUUGCAAAGUACGACAAAAAGAAUUUCGUCAGAGGGAAGCAUUACAGAAAAAAUCACAAGAAACCCUGAAGCUUCAGGAAGAAGCAACCAAGUUCUCUUUGGAAUCCACUGCACGUCAAGAAGGAAUAUCUUCUCCUUCCAGUGCCAUAGGGGUUCACAAGAUGGCCAACCCCAAACCAUCGUCAAGUUCAAGCAAGCCCAGCGGUACGGUCCUGGACAGCACCUUGUACAGGAUUCCUAGUUCGAACAGUAGCCCUCCUAAGAGCGUUCCUUCCAAAUAUGAACUGGAGAUCACGAGCCCGAAAAAAUCAGUUAGCUUUUCUGGAAAAGAGCAGGUGGAGAGCAUCAUGGAAGAAUACGCCCAGCAAGUGAGAGAUUUGCAGAAGAAGCUAAGCGAAAACACAGAACAACACGAGCAACAGAAAUUCGCUUUACGGCAAUCAAUUAUUGAGCUGCAGAACGGCCUAGAAAAUGCAAUGAGAGAGAAAGAAUCUUUGAGUGAAUUAAGACGGAAGGAAUCUUACUCGCAAGAAGGCCACAACAGCAGGCUAAGGGCCACGGUGGAGGAGCUGCAGACGGCCAGCCUGCUCCAGGAGGAGAUGCUGAAGGAAUCCAGUAGCCAGAUCGACUAUCUGAAAAAGUUGGUCCAGGGCCAUGACGAUGUGUUCGAACAGCUCCGCAGUCUUCUCCUGCACUACGAAGGUGGUCCGGACCAAAACACGUAUGGAUACGAAUCCGUUGCGAGUGUCCGGGUCUCCUACUUGCCCACUGCUUUCGCCAGGAUUCUCCAGGACUUCGAAACGGAGGUGUUGCGCUUGAAAAGCAAGUUUGUCCCAGUACGUGAUUUCCCCCCCCUCUCUACAGUUGCUUAUCUUCACCCCGAAUUUGAAAAAUGUACAGGUAGCCCUUGACUUACGGCCGCAACUGAGCUGAACACUGGUGUUGUUAUGCGAGACAGUCGUUAAGUGAAUUUGGUCCCAUUUUAUGACCGUGGCUGCUGGGAAACUGCCCUCGGCUUAUGGCCACGAUUGAGCCCAACGUUUCUGCUGCUAAGCGAGACAGCAGUUAAGUGAAAUUGUGCCCUGUUUACCGCCUGCAAUUGUUAAGUUAGGAACAAAGGUUGU